CAUGCUUUUCAUCCGGAGGUGAAAAUAGUGCCCCCUACCCUAGUGAGGUUAACAAACCUGCAUAUACCACACAACCUUGUCAGAAAUAAGAAUUGGGAAACUUGUUCAGUGCAAUGGUGUAUUGAUAGGAAGUAUCAUAUGGGGCUUAGCAUAAACAACAAAGUAAUAUUUCAAUUAAUCAUCAACAAAUGAAUAGUCCUGUCAGAGUUAGCAUCUCAAUUAGGAAAUCUUAGUCCUAUUAGAACCUCUGGUUGAGCCUUUAUGUCCGUGAAUGGAAGUCCAAGUCCAAAGAAAAUAUUUGUUAUCCCCCCCAAAAAAUGAUCAAAGAAGCCAACAAAAAGGAAACGCCGAAGGAAUCCGGAUGAAAGUCAAUAAUCCAACACAAAAUAUAAAGGUCCAAGUGAAGAGGAUGGCUCUCAACUAUUCAACUAUAUUACCACCAAAACAUUGGUUUGGGAAACUAAAGAGGCCUAAAAUCCCUCUUAGCAUACAUCAAAAACAUGCCUUCCCCCACCAUGGACUUGCCGUCGAUUGAAGAUGGCCCCUGUGGCUUGGACACACCCCACACCGCCCCCUUACCUGCAACCUUAAAGACUUACUGCAUAAUAGGUAACUAUCUUCACAAAUAGUGUGUUAGUGUAGUCUUGGCCCAGUAUAUACCUCAAAACAUUAUUUUCAAUUAUUCAUUAUUUCAUUUCUUUUAGGGGCAACGUUUCAUUUCAUUUUCACGUUAUGCUUUUUUGGUAACUCAUGUUACAGUAUUAUGGCCAGGGGAUAGAAGCUGUUUUGAAGUCUGUUGAGACUUGAUGCACCGGUACCACCUGCCAGACGGAAGCAUGGAGAACAGUCCAUGUCUCGGGUAGCUGGAGGUUUUGGCAUUUCUUCGGGCCUUUCUCAGACACCUAGCAUGUAUGUCCUGGAUAGCUGGAAACUCACCCCCAGUGAUGCGCUGAGCCGUCCGCCCCUCCCUCUGUAGGGCCUUCCGGUCGAGGGCGGUGCAGUUGCCAUACCAGACGGUAAUACAGCAAGUCAGGAUGCUCUCGCUGGUACAGCUGUAAAAGGGUGAUGGCGGUGAAUGUAUUCUCCAUCUCUUCGGCUCUGGAGAACCUGAGUCGUCAUGAGAUGCUGUCCUGGGUCAACGACUCGCUACAGCUCACCUACACCAAGAUAGAACAGCUGUGUUCAGGUGCAGUGUAUUGUCAGUUCAUGGACAUGUUGUUCCCUGGCUGUGUCCUGCUGAAGAAGGUGAAGUUCUCAGCCCGGCUGGAACAUGAGUUCAUCAACAACUUCAAGGUCCUACAGGCCUCCUUCAAGAGAAUGGGCGUAGACAAGAUCAUCCCAGUAGAGAGGCUGGUGAAAGGGAGGUUUCAGGAUAACUUUGAGUUCAUCCAGUGGUUUAAGAAAUUUUUUGAUGCCAACUACGACGGGAAGGAGUAUGACCCUGUGGCCACACGCCAGGGGCAGGAGGGCACCCCCUUGCCCAACCCAGGCCCCCAGAGGACAUCUCCCACGGUGACCAAGACAGCCCCCUCCAGGCAGAUAAACUCUGCCCCCAUCCGCAGGGCGACGCCCACUAGAGCAACCAGACCGUCAGACGCUGAGAUACUAGAACUGAACCAGCAGAUGUUAGAUCUGAAGCUGACGGUUGAUGGUCUGGAGAAAGAGAGAGAUUUCUACUUCAGUAAGCUGAGAGACAUCGAGCUGAUCUGUCAGGAGAAUGAGACCAACGCCAGCCCAACACUCUCCAAGAUCAUGGAUAUACUGUACGCUACUGAGGAUGGCUUCAUGGCGCCAGAGUACGACAAGUUGGAGGAGGCGCCACAGGGAGACCAGGACGAAUACUAAACACACCUGCUUUCUCUUCAUCACGCUACACCUGCUUUCUCUUCAUCACUCCAUACCUCCUUCCUCUUCAUCACUUCCCUCCCUGGAUCACCUCUUCAAGAUUCUCAUCUCCUUCCCCUCAUUUUUUACUCUCUCUUUAUUUUUCGUUCUGUUGCACAGCCCCCUCCUUCCCUUCUCUUCUCCCAUCCUCUCCCAACCACCCCCCAAGACAUGUCUGCUCCGGACAGUUCAUCUGAAUGGGCGAUGUUAGCAGGAUGCUAGGCUAAUAGCUAGCUUUGAACAGUUCAUCUGAAUGGGCGAUGUUAGCAGGACACUAGACUAAUAGCUAGCCCUGAACAGUUCAUCUGAAUGGGCGAUGUUAGCAGGAUGCUAGGCUCAUAGCUAGCUCUGAACAGUUCAUCUGAAUGGGCGAUGUUAGCAGGAUGCUAGGCUAAUAGCUAGCUCUGACCAGUUCAUCUGUAUGGGCGAUGUUAGCAGGAUGCUAGGCUAAUAGCUAGCUCUGAACAGUUAAUCUGAAUGGGCAUUGUUAACAGGAUGCUAGGCUAAUAGCUAGCUCUGAACGGGCAUUGUUAACAGGAUGCUAGGCUAAUAGCUAGCUCUGACCAGUUAAUCUGAAUGGGCAUUGUUAGCAUGAUGCUAGGCUAAUAGCUAGCUCUGAACAGUUCAUCUGUAUGGGUGUUGUUAACAGGACACUAGACUAAUAGCUAGCUCUACCAAAUAUGGUGAUGAGAGGAAGCACAGUGGCCGGCAGUGGGAGAAGGAUUUUGGCCGACAUUCUGCAAAUUUUCUCAUCGAUGAAACAUUUGACCUCCAUACAGUUUUCUGUUUCCCAAACUAGAAUCUGUAACAAACAGAGUGAACUGCGUUUUGUAGACUGUAUCCUUUACUAAAGUUUCAAGGUAUUGUGUUGUUUAGAAGGAGUGUAAGGGUGAAUUGAGUUAUUACACACACGCACUUCAGAGUAGGUGUUCCCUAAUGUAAAUAUGCAAAUAAAUGCUAGAAUGUGCCAAUAGGAUCUCACUAGCUCAUGCUUGGCUCUGCCCACCUCAUGCUCCCAUCGGAAAUGACAGACUCCGGUCUAUCUUGGGUUAGUUAUGAAAAUCUUUGGUUAAUCUGUAUGGGAGGUGUUAGCAGGGUGCUAGGCUAAUGGCUAGCUCUGAACAGUUUAUUCAUCAGUAUGGGAGGUGUUAGCAGGGUGCUAGGCUAAUGGCUAGUGUAACUGAGAUGUCAGGUUGUUAGCACAAAGUAUGGAUCUAUAGAGCCCUCUGUCUGUAGAUGAUAGUCACACAUCAAACUCCAUAAUCACUGAACCCAGAACCAAGUCUUGCUUCUCUCGGAUUGGGAAGAGACUCACUCCACUGGCUCACUGACCCAGUUCAGCAUUAGGGCUCGGCAUCUACCUACCAUACACAUAUCAGUCAUCAGUCCCGGCGUUAAUAAUAUGGACUCAGCAGCACCGCCAUGUUGUCAGUCGUCAAGUCACCCUGUCGUCAGGGAAACAGCCUGUUGUAAAGAAGCUAUUAACCAGACAGCAUGAUUUUAUUUCUGUGGUUAUUUUCCGUUCCUUCUGAACUCUGGAUUGGAUAGGGGAGGGUGGAGGAGCUUGCACCAAUGGAAGCAAAACAAACCAAUCAGAAUGAUCCAGAAACCUACAUGUAAGAUGAUUGGGUGAGGCCAGCAGGAAGCAGGGGUCUCUAUUCAGCUGGGAGCAACGUUACAUAGCAUUCAGAUAGAACUGGAUUACAGUAGAACAGACAGUAUGUCAGAAUCAUGUCAGCUCUAUUUCUUACAUUUCUGUCUGCAACGUUCUGUAGGUUUUAUCCACUGAAUUCACCCUGGGUUCAAUUUUUGUAUUGUUUUGAAUGUGGAGUUAGUUAACGUAAACAUGGAGUGGCUAACAGGUUAACAAGGUGGUUAAUGUGAAUCUAUUUAUUACCCAGAGAAGGCUUUUAUUAUUAAACUCUAUGAAUUAUCAAAAACACACUACUAUACCAUAGACACUAAUGGGUGAAUAUGGAUUAUUGUUUUAGCUGCUGUCUUUGAUUUGUAGUUUAUUUUUUUGGGGUUGUUGACGUGUUGUUGUUGACAUGUUGCACUGCGUUAAAACGCCACAGUCUCUGUCAUGGUGAUGGGGAGCAGGGCUUAGUGGUGACUGACAGCUGCCCCUGGUUGUCAUGGCAGCCCUGUGAUAGACAUGCAUUGUUUGGCAUUUUAUUACGAGGCUGAAUAAAGAGAUGGGUUCAAAACACGAA